AUGGAUCAUGGAGCGUGCAGCGUCAUCUACCUGGACCGGCGGGCGCACCCCGAGCGUCUGCGGAGAGACAAUGUGCUGGCAAGCCUGAACGCCCGGGAUGCCCGCGGCGUCGUUUCGUCACCCGGCUACUUCAACUUCGGCCGGUCCAUCAGCACCCAGGAAGUCCUGUCCAACGUCGAGACGUUGCUGUCCAUCUUCCACGAGAUCGACAUCCACCGCUCCGGCUCAGCCGCGCUCGACCGCAUCUGGCACCUCUACAACUCCUCGAGCCUCGACAACGCGCCCAUCAUAGUGCUGAUCGACCUGCCCUAUGACGAGGAACGUCGCAUGAAGCGCCUGUCGCGCGAGCCGCGGACCCCUUCGCCCACAGCCUCGCGCACUCCUGGUGGGGACGUCCCAGAACCCGAAGACCUAUAUGGCAUGCACCUGCUCAGACACAUCUCCGCCGAGAUCCAAGAUCGGAGAUUACCCAAGGUCGUCAUCCCAGUCAUCCUGCUGAGCGGCCUAGACCGUGAGAUGGCAUCCGACACCGCGUCGCCUGGCGCCAGCGGGUCACGGGUUUUGACCGACACCGUGCGCUUGACCCGCUAUCUGGAUGCCGGUGCCGUGGACGUGUUGGCGAGCCCAUUGUCAAAAGACCACAUCCACGGACUGGCCGUACACGCUUAUCGGAUAAACAAGGAAGUCAUGCGGGAAAAGUCGAGUUUCCUCGCCCAGUCCAAGGGCCGCAAGGUCUCCUGGGUCGGCGUGAACGAAGCGAAGCCAUUCUCGUAUUUACGAGAGGCCAUGGUCUCGAAUUUAAUGGGCAACAUCUGCUGCCCCGAUACGGCACGAGACACCAUAGAUCCCAACGACAUCGAGGUCAGUCCCGAGCGCCGGGAGAAGAUUGCCCGUGCCGUGGGCACUUGGGCCUUCUCCGCGCACGACUGGAAUGAUGAUGAGCUAUUAUUUGGAUCGCUGGUAAUGAUUAAGCACGCAUUAAGCAUGCCGGAAGUGGAGCGCUGGCGCAUUCGCGAAGAUGAACUGUUGAUCUUCCUCCAAGCGAGCCGAAACGCGUACAAUGAGUUUGUCCUCUACCAUAACUUUCGGCACGUUGUGGACGUGCUCCAAGCUCUGUUCUAUUUUCUCCUGCGGAUCGGCGCACUGCCCGCAUAUUCCUCGGACCCCUCCCAUGCUCCUGUCGAGCAACCUCCGAUCGCCUCCCUUCUCAAGCCCUUUGACGCCCUGACCUUACUCAUCUCCGCAAUAGGACAUGAUGUUGGUCACCCGGGUGUCAAUAACGCCUUCCUCGUGGCGCUCAACGCACCUUUGGCGCAGCUCUACAAUGACCGCUCUGUGCUGGAGUCUUUCCACUGCGCUGCGUACUCGCAGAUUCUCCGCAGAUACUGGCCCGCCGCUUUUGAAGAUGUUGCCAUGCGCAAACUCAUGAUCAACUCGAUCCUCGCCACUGACAUGGGCCUCCAUUUCAAGUAUAUGGCUGAUUUGGGCAACCUGCAGGAGAAGCUGGCUCACAAUAAUGGUGGCAUUGAUGGAUGGAGCCCUAAAGUCCUGGAAGAGUACAGGGAUUUGAUAUGUGGCCUGCUUAUCAAAUGUGCAGACAUUAGCAAUGUGGCGCGGAACUUCAACACUGCAGUCCAGUGGGCGGCCAUUCUCACGGACGAAUUCAGCAAUCAAGGGCAAAUGGAGGAGGAGCUGGCAUUGCCGACAUGUCUCUUCGGCGGGCCACCCGUUCGUGAUGACAUCAUCAAGCUGGGCGAAUCUCAGAUUGGCUUCAUGAACAUCUUUGCCCGGCCGCUCUUCGAGUCUGUCGCAGAUGUGCUCCCCAACAUGCGCUUCAGCGUGGUCGAGAUUAUCGAAAAUAAGGUUGUGUGGCAGAAAAAGAUUGAGGAAGCUAAAGAACGUCUCACGCCGCAAACGGACGGCGGGGCUGACGGGACUGGCACGUCGAUUCUCGAUCAAGCACGGAGUCCUCUGUCGACAAGUCGCGUGGACGUCUCGGAUCCCAGGCCAACAGCACCCGAACGCACCGAGUCCACCUCCAGUUCGCUGAAAGCCCCGAAACAGACCUUCCCGCCGCCGCUUAAUCUGUCCGACCCGCCAAGACGCGCAUCCCCAGCUUUCAAAGCAGCGUCCGAGCCUCGUCGCUCGUCAGUCGCAGCACUACCAAUUCCUCGCCAUUUGAUCGAAGGCCAAGGGAACAGAAACCCGCACUCGCGUCGCGGCAGCGCCGAUGCAAGCCUUACAACCAUCCUGGUAACACAGAACCCGACCAAACCCUCCGAAAAAGUGAAAAAGAAGGGCCUGCGCUUACGCUCGCAGUCGCCCGGCAAACGCCGCAACAGCCGUCAAGGACUCGGAUUCUUUCGCCACAAAACCCAGCCUCCGCCGAGAUCAGAUUCCCCUGUACGUCCUUCUUCUUCGUCCACACCGCCCGUACCUGCUUUACCUCCACUGUCAAACGACCGGACGGCGCAUGACCGGGCACGCACCAGUUCACUUCAAACUGAUUUUGUGAUCCAGCCCUGCGUUCCCGGAAGCCCUGGUUUCCCGCCAGCAAAUGGCACAGUUCACUCCAACAAAAACCUGCAACCUCCUCAAUCUGGGGCUCAUAGCCCCAUCAGUCCAGUCUCUGUGGACUCGGACUAUGAGAUCCCGCCUCACAUGACCGCUCCUCCGCUGCCGUCGCCGAAGCCGACCUCGGCUGAUGGCCAGCAAGGCACAGGCGAGGCGCCUCCCUUGCCACGUUGGAAGGCGGCAGGGUCGGCUUUCAAGUCUCGGCAUUCCCGGAAAGGUUCUCUCACUCCCUCUUUGACUGGUUUCGAGGUCCAGCCACCGGAAACCAGUAGCAGUGCGGACAAGAGCGCUCAUACCAUGAGUGAGUCGCCAACGCUUCACACGCUGGAAGGCAUCGGAGAAGGGACAAGCGGUAGACCCAAAAGCAGGGGUGGCGUCUUUGGCAGAUUUUGGCGGAGGAAGAUCAGAGGCGACAAGACAUCUUCUGGAGAUCUUCAGCAGGACAAGGAGAUGGCCGUGCAAACGCAGGGUUUCCAGUAUCCUCCGCCUCCAAAAACACCUGUCAACACAGGAGCCGCUGGCCCUCGCCGUGGAAGUAUGCCUCUCCUACCUGGGUCGUUCCCGGAUACCCCUCCUUACCGCCGUCAAGAGCGGGACAGGUAG